AUGCUCCUCCCAUGCAUCACCACCGGCCUCGCAUUCCUCCUUCCUCUAACAGCCGCCGCCCCCAAGAAACCCAGCGGCAUGACAUACUGUACCCAAGCCAACUUCACCGGCAUUUGCAACAAUGUCCUCUCCGCCCACAUCACACAGGGCGCAGGUCGGGAGGUCGGCUUCGAGAAGUGCAUGCAGUUCCCCUACUGGACAGGGUCGUUCGCCGUCGGGCCCUGGACCGAGUGCACGCUUUAUCCGGACUACAUGUGCGCCAAGGACCUUAUCGUGCAGACAUUGCGAUUGGGGGGUAACAACAACCUGACGAGUGUCAGCGAUAUUGGUCAGAAGAUCCAUGUGCAGGGGAACGAUACAAAAGGGCCGUGGAUGGCUGUCAAGUGUGUUGCGAGUGAUAAGUAUUUGUGGAAUAGCUGA